AUGCUUGUUUUGGCACUGCCCCUUACUCUUCUGGCUUCUCUCCUUCUCAAACUCCUCGGCACUGUGGUCUUGUCUCGCCCCGUCGUCAAGGGCCUUCCAUCUGCGCCGUUCAAGCCACCCAAUGGACAGGGAAGUGAGAAGUUCUUUGACGGCAGGCGUAGCGCUGAGAAAUGGCGAAGGAAGUAUGGUUCAAUGUACAGCAUUUGGUCAGGGUUCAAGCGCGAAAUUGUUCUCACUAAACCCGAGCAUGUGAAAGCGUUCUACAAGGACUCCCACAUGCACAUCAAAGCCACCGACAACAACGCGGGUUGGCUGUUUGGCGAACUGCUCGGCCAAUGUGUGGGCGUGGUCAGCCAGCAAGAAUGGCGGAGGGUGAGGAAGCCUUUCGAAAGCCACUUCAGUCGGUCCGCUUCCAUGGACCGAAUCGGAUCCUUGAUCACGGAAGCCGCAGGAUUUCUCAACUCGUUUCAUGUCGACAACAGCAAUCGAGACGAGCACAUGGUCAUCCACGCAGCCGAUGAUCUCAAGUACUGCCCCUUCUUCAUGGUCGCAAGCAUCUUCUUUGGCGAGCUCACGGCCGAGAUGAGAACAGAACUGGCCGCCAUCGGUCCGCUCAGGGAGGCCCUUUUCCGAGACACGUUCUUAGGUGGCAUCAGCAGAUACGCGAUUGGCAAGUACCUCCCUGGCUCAGCAAUGCCACGUCUCCGGGAGUUCCAGCAGCGCUGGGACGGGCUUGUGAGCCGGGCCUGUAGAGAGGCUCGUGCCGGGAUUCAGAAGGGGGCGGCAAUCCUUGACCUGUGGAAAGCUUUGGAGGAUGGCAGUCUGUCAAUGAAAGAGCUCCUUCAAACCCUGGACGAAUCAUUGUUUGCAAAUUUGGACGUUACAGCCAAUGCCACGGCAUGGACUGUCAUCCGGAUUGCCCAACACCCGGACGUCCAGGAAGACCUGCGGCGGGAGUUGCAUACUUAUACGCAGACAAAGGGCUCAUAUGAAGACUAUCUUUGCCGAGAGGAAACGUUGCUGGCGGCAUGCAUUGUCGAAGUAUCUCGACUGCAUCCGAUACUUCCAUUCUCGAACCCGGAAUCUUCACCUCUGGAGAAGACGGUCGGUGGCUAUGUAAUUCCCAAAUAUACGGAUGUGAUCGUCGACGCCUACGCAGUCAACGUGGACAAUCCCUACUGGGAAAGCCCUCUCAAGUUUGAUCCGUCCAGACAUCUUGGAAAGAAAGAUAAUCAGGCCCGACGGUACAACAUGUGGCGGUUUGGAUUCGGUCCCCGCCAGUGUUUGGGCAAGAAUGUAGCCGACCUCAUCUUGCGCGUUAUCGUUGUCGAGCUCCUACAGCGUUACCAGCUCGAGAUGGCCGAGAAUGAGGGAAAAGAGGGCGCCGAACUCCAGGCUGACAGCUGGAUUGGGUUGCCGGACGGGAGAGUGAAGCUGACGCCACUCGGCCAGAAUGGCGAUGCGUGCGGUUCCACCCUUAGGUAG